AUGCUUGCAGCCAGCACAAGGACCAGGCAGCUAAAUGUCACCUGUGACAGCUCAGUGGACAGGGAGUUCUUCCUCCAUUACUCCCUCAUCCCUUCACUUUUCAUCAUUUUGGUCUUGUCUUUCCUCCAAAGACGAGAGCAUCGUAGACAAAGAGAUGACACCUUCUACCUCCUGGGGGAUCACUUUGGAAUCAUCAUGCCUCUGGACUUUGUGGGGACUUUCAGCAACCGAUGGUCCUAUGGAAUUGCCUUUGGGGCCACAGCCAAUAAGGUCAUGUUCUUGUUCUCAGAAGGCUACCAGCCCCUGAAGGUUCCACAGUGGGCCCAAGCCUUUGUGCUUCUCAUCGGGGGCAUGGAAGUUGGCCUGUCUUACUUUCCCUUCUUUGCCUGCCUGUCCUCAGAGUUCCGUCUGGUCAGCUCCAUCCUGGGCUUCAGCUACUCCCUGACCUGGUUUGUGGUUACCAUUCUUCAGAUCUCACAGUGUCCCCAUGGCCAGUUUCUAGGGAGAUUCGAGACCCUCAUUUUCUACUGGCCCUCACUGUUGUGCCUGGGUUUUCUGCUCUGUCGCUUCCUGUACAUGUUCCUUAAGGCUCUGCCAAUCCACUUGGGCCUGGAGCCACAGGCAGAAGAAAAGUCAGUGCUGGAGGCCCACCAGGCAGAGCAUGUGAAGCGGCUCCUGAGGAAGUCCUGCCCACAAGAAAGAGAAAAGUCUUGGUUUCAGACCAGGGUGUAUGACUGGGACCCCUGCUUCCAGUUCCCCAGCAGGAUGAUUGGGACGCUCGUGCUAGCAUCCAUCUGCCUAUACCUUUUCAUUGUCAUCGAGUUCUGUGUGUUUCUACUUGUGAAAGACAAGCUGGAUCUGUUUGAAGACAGGCUGCAGAGCUACCUCACCCACAUGAACGAGACGGGGACCUCGACCCCUGCCAUCCUACAGGUGAAAGAACUGAUCAGUGUUACUAAAGGAGUCUGGGUGGUGACCAUUUUGCCCGCCUCCCUCACGUGUGUCAGCUAUCUCUUCCACAUUUUGGCCUGUUACAGAAAGCACAUGAAGAGGCUGUGGGCUGGAGACAAAGACUUCCUCCCUCAGAACUUCCAGAGUCCCUCCUCAGCAGCUAGUGUGGUGGCCAUUGCAAGGUACUCUGGCUGGCAAAUAGCCUACAUCCUCUGGGGCUACCUCAUCAUUCAUGUGGUGCAGAGCCUCUGUGGUGUGAUGCUCAUGUACAGCCUAGUGCUACCCAUUCUCCACCAUCAAGGCCUGGAGAUGCUGCGAGGGCUGGGCCUUGGGGUCCUCACCCUAUCCAUAGUCGUGGGCCUCAUGAUCCUGCAGGUGUGGAUCGCUGGCAGAUUUUUCCUGCAGCCCAAGCUGAGCACGGCUGACAAGCAGAAGCCCCUGGCUCUCCACAACAGGAGAGCAUUCCACAACUUCAACUACUUCCUGUUUUUCUACAAUGUGCUGCUGGGCCUGGGCGCCUGCCUCUCCAGGCUGCUCAUCAGCUGCUUCCUGGGCACAUGGCUGAUUGCACGCAUUGACAGAACCAUCAUGCAGAGCGGCUACGAGGGGGUAGACAUGGGCUUCAAUGCAUGGGUUGGCAUGCUCUUUGUGGACCAUUAUCACACCAACCCUGUGCUGGUCAGCUUUUGCCACAUCCUAAUCACAAGCCACAGGGACCGGAAGCUGCAGAAGAUCACGAAAUACUGGUACCUGAACCAGUCAGCAGGUCCCCGAUUCUCAGCCAGAGCCCAAACGAGGUGGCUCUUGCUGCAGACGCUGAUCAACAACCCCAGGCUCAUCACGCUUAGAAAAUCAAAAUCAGGCCAUGGUUUCCGAGAGUUGACACAGAUUCUGCCAACUUGCUCAGAUUGCUGA